UUCUUCUUAUUGCUGCUUAAUCUUUAAGAAAGGAUGUAUCGGUUUCAAGAACCGAGUUGCGCAUGGGUGGUGUACAACCAACGAAAGCUCGCAUAACCGUUUACGUUUUCCACUUGAUUAAUUUUGGAAGGUAUAAUUAAGUCGACCAAACCCAUUUCAUCAAGACAAACAAAAUAAAGACGGACGAAUCAUGCAGCGGAGGGCGCCUUCAAUCGGUUGGUUGCUACAGCCUAUGGAGAUGACUUGUGGAACUCAGUCGACGGAACAAUGGAGGCGAAGGUUUCGCUCGUAUGAUCAAAUCUGCAAUGGAGGUGAGGGUCGAGUCAUCUGAUCGAGGCAGCAAUGAAGGUGAGGGUCGACUGACUCGGCUCAUCGGUGGCCAAGAAUCGGUUAGUAUUUUUUACCACUGCCGACAACGAGUUGGUGAGGAAAAUCGAUGUGGGGUUUCCAAAAGGGGCAGGAUCAAUGCUAUCGAUUUGAAGAAGGUUCCUAUAUGUUAAUACAGACAUCUUAGAAAGUGCAAAAGAUUUUAAGGAGCCAGUAGUUAGAGGGAGAAGUUUGGCUUGUUCGUCAGUGGAAACUUGUGUUGGCUGCCUUAUUUUGUAUGGAGAAACUGACUUAGGAAAUCAAUUACUUUUCUUGACAAAGUGAGUGGUUGUUGUAGCCCCUUAUUCAAAAGCUGAGUUGAUUAACAAGGCAAAGAUAUGGAACCACACAAUGGCUGAUAUUACUCUCCUGGCUUUUGGGACAAGCUUUCCUCAGAUUCCUUCGCCUAUAAUAGGUGCUUUCCAGAACCUUGGUUGCAAAUAUGCCAGAGGUUUAGGUCCUAGAACACUUGUUGGUUCUGCAGCAUUUGAUCUCUUCCCCAUUAAUACAGUCUAUCUUGUGGUUCCGAAAGCAGAAACAGUGAAGACUGGGUGCAUGGCAGGAAACUCUACUUUCAUUGUUCUUGAUUGGCUCGAGCCAAGCAAUAAAGUUCUCAAAUGUUGUGAGUCUUUGCCUGGCAGACUCAUUACUCACCACGUCAUGCUGGCUCACCAGUCACCUCUAUAUCGUUGCAAAGGGCCAUUCCUCCCCACAGGUGGAUGCCAUCCCUGUCCUCCUCCUCUGAUCUCUUUGCUGCUGGUCUGUCUUUUUAAUGUAUUCUACAGAUCAACCUGCUACUGUUUCCUCAGAAUCCUACGGAAUGUUGUCUUGGCACCAAUUUACAAGGUUGUCAUGGUAGACUUUUUCAUGGCUGAUCAACUUUGGAGUAAGGUCGCAGAGACGGAGCAGAACAACUAUGUUGAUGGUGGUGGUGUUUAUGAAAAGAAAGAAAAUGGGGACAUGUUCCGAUGUGUCAGUACAGACAAAUCGAUGCAUGGUGAGGAACUGCAUGAAAUCUGGAUUGGUCUAGUGAAUCAAUUUGAUACGGCUUCGUUACUCGACUCGUUCAUGAUUUCGUUCCACUUAGGAAUAGAUAUUGUUGAUUGAAUUAAAAUGGCACAAAGAUACAAGUACUCAACAAGUCCAGAAUAGGCGGAGAAAUCGAGGCCACUAAGAGAUAAAGUUGCAGGCGGUUGAGAUCUUACACGACAGAAAAUGAUACAAGUCUCAAAUAGAAUUCAGGCUGUUUGAGACCUAAACCCUAAACCUUAAACCCUAGAUUUGAGAAUGGUAAAAAUUUUAAGAACGCCAACCAUGAGUAAUUAUGCUCACGCUAUAUGAGGUAAACUGGAGAAGAUUGUGCUAUUUGGCCAAGUAUUCUCGGUCUUCCUCGCCACUAAUAGCAGUAGAGUAAUGUGCAGCGGUGGACCACGACAUUUUUCAUUAAACUCAUAACAG